CCACUGCCAGGCAAAACAGGUGGCCAGGUAUUUUGACCACAUGAGUGAGACGUUUCUGGAGGAGAGGCAGCGAGCUCUGGACAAGUUCCUGCGACGACUCACAGUCCAUCCCUACUUCUCCUUCAGCAUCGACCUCAAGACCUUUCUCACAGCCACUCCCGAGGAGUUUGCAGGCUACGUACAGGAGAGUCAGGGGAGGCAGAAGCUGAUGGAUCGGCUCAGCUCCUCAGUGAGACAGGCCCAAACUUCCUUCAUGCUCAAAGACGUAGACCCCGAGUUUGCCAAACAGCUGACCUACUUCUCAGAGCUCGGGGACAAGAUGUCAGUCCUGGAGAGAAUAGGAGCUCGGCUGCACAACGAGCGUGAGGUACUCCAGACCGCUCAGGACGACUUCAGCGUGGCUCUGUUCCACUGGGCGGCCAACGAGCAGGUGAUGACCCAGCCCCUGCAGAAAUUGGCCAAUUGUGUGGAGCACUGCAGCCAUCACGUCAAGAAGCUGAAUGAGGCCAAUACUUACUCCAUGAUGGUGGCUGUGAAGGAGUAUCAGCUAUACUCUUCCUCUGCUGUGGCUGCUAUUCGGCGGCGAGAUACUCUUCAGUUAGAAGUGGAGCGCUCUGGACUUGACCGUGAGAGGAAGAAACGGCAUCAUGAUGAGGCAACAGCAUCUGGCAAAGUGCAGAAAGUAAUGAAGUUAGCUGAUGAUCUCGAAAAGGUAGAACUGGCUGCAGAGAAGGCCCAGGACCAACUCUCUCGGGCCAAUGAGGAGCUGCGGGUGGACGUGGAGAAGUGGCACGAGGCCAAGAACAAGGAGGUGUGUCAGUUCAUGAGACAGUUUGCCAGUAACCACGUGGACUACCAUCAGAAGUGUUUCGAUGAGUGGGAGUCGGCUCUCAAGCAAUUGAGGAGUGCCUCCGUAUCUCCGUCCCCUGCUACUGCCGCAGCGCAGAAUGACCAUCUCGCAGCCCUCACCUUCUCCUCUCGUGACUCUGACGAGACCCAGAGUGACACUUAGGACCAGUUCUCUUGUGUGCAUUGUGUGUCCGGGACUAUUUUUAUUUAUUGAGUGUCUACAAUCUGGGAGUGUACUAUGUUCACUGACAUAGGAGCCUGUUAUUAUACUAUGAAAAUGUACACAACACUCGCAUGCUAGCUUUCUGAUUCUCGCGUGUGCGACGCCAUUGCAGAAGCCAUAAAGCUGCUAAAAUGCGCUGCCGCGCAGUUUGCAAAGGCC